GACAUUAAUGCACCCACCCAGAAGGUAGAAGGUAGAAAGAAAUUAAGAGGCAGAGAUAGAAGAAGCGAUAAUGAGAGAGCCACUUCUUGGCCAGCAGCAAGAACAACCUCCUUCUCAGGAUGAUUCAAUCCCUUCAUCACUUUUUACACACUUGUACGUGGCCCACUUUUUGGCCAGAUGGGGUGCCAGGAUGUGGGAAUUCUCUGUGGGGUUAUACAUGAUCAGCAUUUGGCCAGAUUCCUUACUCUUUGCCGCUCUCUAUGGUGUGGUAGAAUCUGCUUCAACUGUGCUCUUUGGUCCCCUCGUUGGACAAUGGGUGGAUAGGUUGACAUAUGUAAAGGUUCUCCGAAUAUGGUUGGUAGCUCAGAAUUUAUCUUUUAUAAUUGCUGGGUGCACAGUGAUUGCAUUACUGAGAUUCUCAACCUUGAAGUCCACUAAUUACACAGCAUUCCUCUCACUUGUGCUAUUAACCAAUGUCUCCGGAGCGGUUGCAGCACUUUCAACACUCGCGGGUACCAUCUUGAUUGAAAGAGAAUGGGUGGUUGUGAUAUCAGAAGGCCAUCCUCCAGAGAUGCUAACUAAGAUAAAUUCAAUUAUCAGAAGAAUUGAUCUAAUAUGCAAGCUAUUUGGUCCUGUUUUAAGUGGCUUCCUUAUCAGCUUUGUAUCACUAACAGCAUCUGCUGUGGCUUUGGCACUCUGGAAUGCAAUAUCCAUUUGGGUGGAAUAUUGGCUUUUUAUCUCUGUAUAUAAUGGCAUACCAGCUUUAGGUGAAAGCAGUGAAAGGAGGAUCUCAAGGCUUUCACCAGUCGAAGUUGUGGAAGAGAGCACACUAACUUCCCAGGAGAGAGAAAGCUUGCUUUCUCAUGAUGGAGGCAAUUCACCAUUGACUGUGAACACCUGGGAAAGCAAGAUAAUUCAAUGGAUCCCUUGUCUUGAUGCAUGGAGAGUAUAUUUUCAACAAGAUGUUGUGCUCCCUGGACUAGCCCUGGCUUUGUUAUAUUUCACUGUCCUCAGCUUUGGAACUUUGAUGAUUGCUGAUUUAGAAUGGGAAGGUAUACCUGCUUACGUUACUGCUAUCGCACGUGGAAUAAGUGCGGUGAUCGGAAUAUCGGCGACAUUUGUGUACCCAGUCUUACAAUCUCGCAUUUCCACAAUUAGAACAGGACUCUGGUCUAUUUGGUCUCAGUGGACCUGCCUCCUAGUAUGUGUUGGUUCAAUAUGGGUCAAAAAUAGUGUUUUAGCAGCAUAUAUGCUGAUGGCGGGUGUAGCAACAUCUCGGCUUGGAUUGUGGAUGUUUGACUUAUCUGUCCUCCAACAAAUGCAGGAUCAUGUUCCUGAAGCGGAUCGUGGUGUUGUGGGAGGUGUUCAGAACUCACUGCAGUCUAUUUUGGAUUUGAUGACUUAUGUCAUGGGAAUAAUCAUCUCAAAUCCACAGGAUUUCUGGCAGUUGACUUUGAUAUCCUUUGUGCUGGUGACAUUGGCUGCAUUCCUCUAUACUAUCUAUCUGUACCUUGUCCGGAAGCACCUCUUUCAUUUUGAGAAGCUACACUUUAGCUGAUUAUCAGGGUUAUAAGAUCACAUGAAGAUGCAUAAUCAAGAUGAAGUUUAAAGAGUAAUUACUUGUAAUUACUCAUAUUACCCGUGUUUCCUGCCGGAGAUUAACGGCAUAUCAAUCAUAUUUGCUGGCCUUAAGUAGUCAUUUCCAUUGUCCUCUGUCCAAACAUCCUUACAAUUGUAAGGUAGUAGAUGCUUAAAGCCCCUUGGUCCAGUUUUCUUGAGCUGAA